AUGUACCAACAGCUCCCCUUCGACGAGCUCACCGUCGACCCCCAGCUGAAGAAGCGGGUGGCGUACUUCUACGACCCGGACGUCGGCAACUACUUCUACGGCACGGGACACUGUAUGAAGCCCCACCGGAUACGGAUGACCCACUCGUUGAUCAUGAACUACGAGCUCUAUAAGAAGAUGGAGGUGUACCGGGCCAAACCGGCGCUGCGCCUCGAGAUGACCCAGUUCCAUUCCGACGAGUAUAUCGACUUCAUUGAUCGUGUCACCCCGGAUAACUUACACAUGUUUGAGCGGGAGCAGGUGAUCUUUAAUGUUGGUGACGACUGUCCCGUGUUUGAUGGAUUAGGUGAGUUUUGUAAGAUAUCGUGUGGGGGUUCACUAGAAGCCGCCGCCCGGAUGAAUAAUGGUCUGGCGGAUGUGGCGAUCAAUUAUGCUGGUGGUCUCCACCACGCGAAGAAACUGGAAGCUUCAGGGUUUUGUUACACUAAUGAUAUCGUCUUGGGGAUCAUUGAGUUGUUGAGAAAGCAUCCCCGGGUGCUUUAUAUCGAUACUGACGUCCACCACGGCGAUGGCGUUGAGGAGGCGUUCUACACCAAUGACCGCGUGAUGACGUGCCUGUUCCACAAAUUCGGUGAGUUUUUCCCUGGUACCGGUAGUCUUUCGGAUAUUGGCAUCGGUAAAGGCAAAUACCAUGCCGUUAACGUCCCCUUACGUGAUGGUAUUGAUGACGCGCUGUAUAAGCUGAUCUUUGAACCUAUCAUCACUGCCAUCAUGGAAUGGUUCCAGCCGCUGGCGAUCGUGCUUCAGUGUGGUGGUGAUUCUCUCUCGGGGGAUAGAUUAGGUCCAUUUAAUCUCUCGAUGAGAGGCCACGCCAAUAACGUCAAUUUCGUCCGCAAAUUCGGGGUACCGGUGAUGGUCGUCGGCGGCGGUGGCUAUACCAUCAGAAACGUCGCCAGAACGUGGGCGUUUGAGACGGGUCUUUUGAACGAUGUCGUCCUUCCUAAGGAGCUCCCCUAUAACGGCUACUACGAGUACUACGCCCCCACCUACGAGCUCGACGUCCGCAGCGCCAACAUGACCAACGCCAACAGCCCGGAAUACUUGGACAUGAUCUUGACCAACGUCAUCACCAACUUGGACCACACCAAGCACGCGCCCUCGGUGCAAAUGCAAGAAGUGCCCCGUGACCCUGAGGACUAUGGCGAUGUUGACGAAGACACCGCUGCUGCCCUCGACACCAAGGGUGGGUCUCAAUAUGCUAGGGACCGCACCACUGAGCGCAGCGGCGAGUUCUAUGACGACGAGAGCAACGACCGGGGGCUGCGGAACAUCGAGAUCACCGCCGAGGAGCAGAUGGAGAUCGACGAUCUCAACGACGCCAUGGCGACGUGA